ACCUUGCAGUCAGAGCGCGACAGGAGUUGGCGGCCGAGCACAACGCCCGAAUAAGUCAACAUGUCUGAUGAAGGAAAGCUCUUUGUUGGUGGCAUUAACUUUGAAACAGACGAGCAAACACUGGAAGAAGUAUUUGCAAAGUAUGGGGAUGUUAGUGAAGUCAUUGUAAUUAGGGAGAGAGAUACUCAGAGAUCUAAAGGGUUUGGUUUUGUCACUUUCGAAAAUCCUGAUGACGCACGGGAUGCUUUGGCAGGGAUGAAUGGAAAGACUGUCGACGGUCGUCAGAUCCGAGUUGACCAUGCAGGGAAGAGCUCUGGGAACAGAUCUCGAUCUUAUCAAAGUGGGCAGUCUUAUGGCAAUUAUUCAUUCCGUGGUGGGAGAAGCAGUCGUGGAUUCUCAAGAGACGGUGGCAGCAGCGGUGGCUAUCAGAGAUACAGCAGCUCCAGAGGCGGCAGCGGUGGCGGCGGCUAUGGAAGAGAGAGCUACGGAAGAGACAAUUACCGGGAUAGGAGUCAAAGUAACUAUGGUCGAUCUGGAUCAUCUGGAAAGAACUACAGGGAUGAUUAUGACAGUUAUGCUACAACUACAUAUGAAUAAACAAUCUCCCCGACUCAAGAUCAUCCUCCUUUUGGCUCCAUUGUAGAGUUCUGGAACUACAGAAAGCAGAUGUCUUCUGAAUUUGUUGCUUGUUUAUAAUGUUAUCAAAAUGACAGCCUCAUGGCUUCUGACCUGAAUGUGCAUUUACUUUUAGGUCACAAAUGACCUAUUAAACAUAUUUAUUAUAUAACACCAAUCAAUUGUUUUCCCCCCGGAGCCUGUGGCUGUGAAGUACAGUUUAGUUGCUUCAUUUUUGUCUUAUAUUGAAAUUGAACCAGUCCUCGGGACACUUAUUCUUCACAAUCCAUUCACUUAAUUCCAAUCAAAUUGAUAGCGGGGCCUUUUGGAUUUCGCUAUUUCAGUACCAAGUUCACAAAAUGCUGCACAAGUGUCAGUGACUUUUUAAGAUGAUUGAAACGUAGACUUUACCAAUGUGAACACCGAGAUCACAAAAGCUGCGGCGUAUUAAAUGCAUUCAAGUGGAAACAAACAACCUUUUUCCUGAAAUACCAUUCACUAGGAUUGCUUUCCUGAUGGUAAAUCAGCAUUCAGUAGUUCUGUCUGUCAUUGAAAACUAUCUUGGGUGGAAUGUUCAAAAGUCCACUUGCUGAAUGUCACGUAUUUAGGGUUUAGCUGUUAAGAUACUGCUUAAGAAAAUGGUGUUUCUUUUAUAAGCCAAUGUGGAGUCUUGUUUUUCAAAAUUGUAUACUAAUAGAAAGUUGGUCACAUAUUCCUGAUGUAUUUCAUGCCCUAGCAUGGAACACUUUGUACAGAAACUUGCUUUUUUUGGAGACUGAUUAAAGAACCUUGCCUAAUG